CCUAGUUUCUCAUUGAUGAAAAAAUAAUUAACACUUUCCUUGUCGAUCUCUCUGGGAAAUAUAAAAAACGCUCGAUCUCUUUUGGUAAGUAACACAUAGACUCAUACUAUAUCUUGCUGUUUCUUGGAAAUAAUUUUAUCCCUCUAUAUUUAUUUUUGAUGUUUUUUAAUUUCUUAUUUAUCUACUUUCUUCUCAAUGUAUAGUUUAUUUUAUACUUAUGAGAAAGUAGAGUAUUUAUUUUAAAUUUCUACACAGAAUCAUUCAAUUCAUUUCUAGAUAUAAUUUAUUAUUUUGAGCUACAAGGCAAAGUAACUUGUACAUAUAACAUAAUUCAUAAUUUUUAGUGUUAUUCCCAUAAAUUUUCAAAAAGUUUGAGAUUAUUUAGAGUGUUGAAAUCAAAAUUUAAAUAGUUUAUUGCAUAUAUGCAUGCUUUUUCUUUUAUGUUUGAAACAAGUUGCUUGCACCAAAAAAAAUCCAUUAUUAUGUAGUGUAAUUCUGUAAUACAUCCCCAAAAGGGGCAUACCAUUACAUUUUUCUUGUUUUCAUCACGUGAAAUUUUUGUAUCAAAUAGAUUUGUUUGAUUCUUGGUUUUGGCACUACAAAAAAUCUUAGUUUUAGUCAUAAUAAAUUUUGUGACUAAAGAAAAAUCAUCUUAUCUAUGUCAUCACUAAGAAGUCUGUGGCUAAAAGUAUUUGUAAAAAAAAUCACAAUUUGUUGUCACUAAAUGUAUUUUUAGUCACAACAAAUUUUAUCACUAAAAAAUAAUAGGUUGUGACUAAAACUACAUUAGUGACAACUUGUGAUUAUGUAUGAUCUUUUCGUCACAAGUAAUAUUUUGUUGUUACUAAAAGUAAUAUUUAGUCACACAAAAUAUAUAUUGUGACUAUAAAGUUGUCAUUGAAGGUUACCUUUAUUUGUAUAAGGGACGGUGAAUUAUUCAAAAUUUAUAAAAAAUUUGUACACUAUCAUUAAAAAUUUGAUCCAUAUGUGAAAUAGUAAAUAAAUAUAUUGUAUAUUGUUAUAUAAAAAAAUUAAGAUUAUAACUGGAAGCACGAAAAGUGUAUCAAUAUGUCUCUUUCUUGGAACAUACUAUAGAAGUAUCCUCUGAUAUUAGCACUCUAUCAUAUUUUCCUUGAUGAUGUCCAUAAAUUAUUUUUUACUCUUUUUAUAUGAGUACUCGAAAUCAAGUUUUAAAUUAUAUAUUUGCAAGUUAUAACAUAUAUAUACAAGUGAAUUUAGUAAUUACUUCAUGCUUUUAGAUAUUAUAUAUUAAUAUAUCUCGGGUAAAUAUAUAUUUGGUAUUUUGUGUAUUAUCAAAAUACAGAAUUGGUAUCUUAUAUUUUCGGUAAUACUCAUUCAGUAUCUUAUAAUUUAAAAUUGUACAUAUUUGGUUCCUGGACUCAAAUGCGAUCAAUAAAAUUUUAUAAAUAUGACUAAUAAAUUGUUCUAAGUUAUAUGUAAUUAAAUAAUUAAAUUUGAAUUUGAAAUCCAUAUAAUUGAGGAUAGUUUGUUCGUAUUGAUAAAAUUUCAUUAAUUAAAUUUGUUUAAGGUACCAAAUAUAUAAAAUUUUAAAUUAUAGGGUACUAAAUAAACAAUAUUAUCAAUAACAUGGGGUACUAAGUGUGUAUUUUGAUAAAACACAAUAUAUCAAAUAGUUGUUUAAUUAACCUUAUAUCUUUUAGUUUGACUUAUUGCUAAAAUGGUAUCUUAAUUAAUUAGAUAUUUGCUUAUCAAUUUAUAGUAUUUUUUAUUAUUUAUAUAUUCAAACUGAAGUUUAAUUCACCAUUGAAGUACUAUACAUGUGUGUUUUUUUGAUUAAAUGUGAUACCAGAUAACAAAUAAGUGAUCAAUAAAGAAGAAAGAGGCACUCAUGAUGAGUCUGUUGAACUACUACUACUACUACUUGUUUGUUAAUGUUAUUAUGAUUGGAUCAUUAUUGAUGACAAUGUCCACACUAGCUUCACUUGCAAGACUACGUUGCCAAGACAGGUGUGGAAAUGUAGAUAUUCCAUACCCUUUCGGAAUUGGACCAUCCAAAUGUUUUCUUGACAAACAAUUUGAAAUCUCCUGCGAAAACUCCACGCCUGUUCUCAAACACACUCAGCUACAGGUACUUAAUAUUUCAUUAGAACCUUAUUAUAGCAGCAAUCGUGGUCCUCGUAAUUAUUAUUAUAGCUAUGAAUACGAUGAUUCCCAAUGGAUUGUGGUGAGAAACCCCAUUAGUUUCUUCGAUUGCGGAAACAAGACAAUAAGGCAAAAAUCAGCAAAUUUAGCAGGAACCCAGUUUUACUAUUCGCGUGGCAAUGUAUUCAUUGCAGUAAGUUGUGGUGCCCUGGCCAAGUUCGUAACAAAGUCAGGCAACAUGCUCUUCGAGAAUGGAUGCUCAUCCAAUAGUACAACAACUACAUCAGCUAGUCAUAAUAUUAUUGAUUUUAGUAAUUGCGAUGGCGUUGAAUGUUGUACUACUUCCGUCGUCUUCCCUUCGGAUGUUGUGGGCAACAGCUUCGAAAUCUCCAUGGAUAAUGAUUCUUCUGGUACUCCUGCAAAUCAUUGCCAAUGCAAAUAUGCAUUCUUGAUAGAUUAUGAUGAAAUUGAUAAACAUAAAACAUUUGGUGAUCUGGAUUAUGUUCCCGUCCGGCUAAGUUGGUCCCUUAACAGUACGUAUUUCGAUGUAUUUAAAACACGUGUUAUGCCAUUGCCAACCAGAACUAGCAACUUCCAUUGUUGGACUUUGACGGACAAUAAUAACUACCGCCUUUUAAAAUCCCCUUUAGAUCGGAUACAUGAUUGUUCGUGCAGGGGUGGGUUUCGAGGGAAUCCCUAUCUGAUAUUAAUGAAUGCAUUGAGGGAAGAGCGUUUUGCCCUGGAGGCUCUACUUGCGUGA